AAUUUAAGAAAAAAGGAUAAAUUUUAUAUUUAAAUAUAUAGCUUUAUCAAAAUAAAGGUAUAAUACAAUAAGUUCAUGAAAUAAACAUACACAAAGUUCAAAAAAACAAGCGACUCAAAGAAUAUUGGAAAAAAAUCUUUGCACUUUGCAAACAAAACAAAAAAAAGUUGAAAGAAAAUUAAAUGAAAAUAAUGAAAAGAGCUUUUUAAAACUCCAUCCUUAAAUAAAGUUCAGUGCAAAUCAAAUCAAUUAUAAAAACCAAUUAUAAACUAAAACAACAAUUAAAAAUUAUAUAAUAAAUUCAAUUGGCAACCAAACUGACUUCACGCUACCAAAAUUUUUUUUCAUUAAUUUCCGAUGAUGGUUGUUUAGCUAUUUUUGGUGAAAUUGUUGUUUAUAAAAAAAAAAAUAGUAAAAAAUUCGAAAGUGUGUAAGAGAAUUGUGCACAACACAAAUGUAUAAUAAAAUCAACUAUAAGUAACAAAUUGUUACGUGAAUUUAAUAAAUAAAGAGAAAAAUAAUAUUGUGUAUAUUUGACAAACGAGUGAUAAUUACAAAAAGAAACUUUUCUGUUUUGUUUCGUUUAAUAAAUAAGAAGAAAUCAAAAGUGCUUAAUGGAAACGAACUGCUUCCUUAAAUAUGAGAUCUUAAGAUCAAUAUCUUGAACAAAAGGUAUGUGAUGUUGUGGUUGUAUAUUUUACAUUUUUUUUAUUUUAUGAAUAAAAACAAUUGAGAGAUUUUGUGAAGCUGAUUGUUUACCAUCCAGAUGAGAUGAUGAUGCCAUUGAAAGUUAACGGUUGUUAAAUCAAUAAUAAAUAAAUUACUUCCAAUCAACUGAGUAUUGGCAAAUACAAUAAAUAUUGUUGCAAUACAAAAAAAUCUAACGAGUUAAACACAAAUCAAGUAAAAUAGACCCAACAAUUUUUCAUAAGCGACACCUGUAAUUGAAAGGCAUCAGAAAACAAAACACACUAACGGUUAAAAAUCAAAAAAGAGACUAUUACAAAACAUAUAUAUAAACAAAUCUAAAUUGAGCAGACGUCAAAAACACUUGAUGCAAAUUAAAACAAAACAAUUCUAAAAAAACAGCAAACAUUAACACAACAAUUGCUCAACUCGAAAAGAUAAAUGUUUGUGUCAGCGCCAUCUAUAAAACAAACAUACAAUAGCAAACAGCAUAUAACUUGUAGAAGAAAAACGGAUGUAAUUGAUUGACAAUUGAUUGAUUUCCUGCUGUUUCCGUUAUAAAUAAUAGUAAAAUAAAAAACCGCUAAACAAAACAAUACAAAAAUAAUUUCUCAUUAAUAACACAGAAUUAUUGGCCAAAUAAAAACAGUUUGUCACCACCAUCAUCUUUAUAGACAUCACAAAUAGUUUACACGUUUUUUUAACCACUCAGACGUCAUCAUCAGCAACAAACAAUAACAACAAAAAACACAAUAUUUUACGUCUAAAUUUUUGCCAAACGUUUUUACCAAAAUUCAACAAAAUUUUCAAUUUUCCACAAAUUUCAUUUGGCAUCAAAAAUUUCUCAACAUCAUGAUUGGUCGUUUAUUUCGGGCACAUGGCGAAUUUUGUGCAUCACAUCCAUGGGAGGUUAUUGUAGCAUUGCUUACGGUGACAGCAUGUAUGCUGACAGUUGAUAAGCAACAAUAUAUAACCACCACAUCAGAUGCUGGUGGAGGUGGUGGCAGCAGUAGUAGCAGUCUGCCGCCUUCUUCUGCCACAUCUAGUCGACAUCGUCCAUGUCAUGGCUGGACACAAUCGUGUGAAGGUCUAGAGGCUGAAUAUAAUGCAGCCGAUGUUAUUGUCAUGACAAUAGUUCGAUGUGCUGCCGUACUCUACUGUUACUAUCAAUUUUGUAGUCUACACAAAUUGGGCUCCAAAUAUAUACUGGGCAUUGCUGGAUUAUUUACUGUAUUCUCUAGUUUUAUAUUCACAACGACAAUAAUCAAGUUCCUAGGCAGUGAUAUUUCAGACUUAAAAGAUGCUUUAUUUUUCCUAUUGCUACUCAUUGAUCUAUCGAAUUCGGGUACACUGGCUCAGUUAGCUUUAGCCGGUACCAAUCAAGCUGAAGUUACAAAUAAUAUAGCUCGUGGCUUAGAACUGUUAGGUCCAGCGAUUUCACUGGAUACAAUUGUAGAAACUUUGGUGAUUGGUGUUGGUACUCUGUCGGGUGUUCAACGUUUGGAGGUUUUGUGCACCUUUGCCGUCAUGUCGGUCAUUGUGAAUUAUGUUGUAUUUAUGACAUUCUAUCCGGCGUGCCUAUCUUUGAUUUUGGAUUUGUCACGCAAUGGCAUGGAUAUGUCAUUGGUUAGAGCUAAAGCCAAAGAUUCCAUACUGUUAAAGGCAUUAAACGAAGAGGAACAGAAGAACAAUCCUGUAGUGCAACGUGUUAAAAUUAUAAUGACCACUGGCCUAAUGAUUGUACACAUUUACAGUCGCAUGGUAUUUUCGAAUAGUGAAUACGAAAGUGUUGACAAGACUUUGACACCAAAAUUGAAUCUGAAUGUUAAUAACAAUCGAACGGAAUCGGGAGAAUUGAGUGAUUUAAUAAUAAAAUGGCUGACAAUGAGUGCCGAUCAAAUUGUGAUACUUAUACUUCUCAUAGCAUUGGUAAUAAAAUUCAUAUUUUUCGAAAAUAAUUUACAUGAUCAAUUACGACAAUCGACUGUUGUUACAAUUGCGGCCAAGUCUUCGCAGACUCAACCACUUGAAGCGCUAAAUUCCAAUAUGGAAACAACACUUGAAACCAAAAAUAUGGAAUCAAUGCAACAUCAACAGCACAACAAUACAACCACUAUAACUCCCUGUCCAUCAUCAUUAUUGCUUACAUCUGCUAAAUCUGUGCCAGCAAUAGCACCUCCAUCACGUAUACCCUUGUUUACCAUAGAAGAAUCAAAUACAGCAAACGCUGCUACACAAACAGACUACGAUUUAAUUGAUGGUAAUCGCAGAGGCAGCGAUUCUGCCGAAUUGAUACCUUUAAGUGAAUGUAAUCAAUUGUCGAAAUUACGUCCGCCACGCUCCUUGGAAGAAUGCUUGGAAAUACUGAAUUCCACAGAAGAGGGUGGUGGGCCGGCAAAUCUUAGCGAUGAAGAAAUUAUCAAUAUUGUUAAUGCUGGUGGUCAAUACUGUCCUUUGCAUAAAAUCGAAUCGGUUAUAGAUGAUGCGGUCAGAGGUGUUAAGAUAAGACGUCACAUUAUAAGUGGACGUGCCAAACUGCCUGUUGAACGUUUAGAAUGUCUUCCAUAUAAACAUUUUGACUAUAAGCGUGUUAUGAACGCUUGUUGUGAAAAUGUUUUGGGCUAUGUGCCCAUACCAGUUGGUUAUGCUGGUCCUUUGCUAUUGGAUGGUGCAAAAUAUUUCGUACCCAUGGCCACAACUGAGGGUGCUUUAGUGGCCUCCACCAAUCGCGGUUGCAAAGCUUUAUCUAUCAGGGGUGUUACGUCGUACGUCGAAGAUGUUGGCAUGACCCGAGCUCCUUGUGUGCGUUUUUCCAGCGUGAGUCGUGCGGCUGAGGCGAAAAUAUGGAUUAACGAAGAACAGAACUAUAAGCGUAUUAAAGCGGAAUUUGAUUCUACUUCGCGUUUUGGUCGACUCAAAGAAUGUCACAUUGCCAUGGAUGGUCCCCAACUGUAUAUACGUUUCGUGGCUUUGACGGGUGAUGCCAUGGGCAUGAAUAUGGUUUCAAAGGGUGCUGAGAUGGCAUUGAAGUGUAUAAAACGUGAAUUCCCCGAUAUGCAAAUUAUCUCACUUAGUGGCAAUUUCUGUUGUGACAAAAAGCCUGCGGCAAUAAAUUGGAUUAAGGGUCGGGGUAAACGUGUGGUCACCGAAUGUAUAAUACCAGCAGCUACACUACGAAGUGUGUUGAAAACAGACGCUAAAACAUUGGUGGAGUGCAAUAAAUUGAAGAAUAUGGGUGGCAGUGCUAUGGCGGGCAGUAUAGGAGGCAAUAACGCUCAUGCCGCCAACAUGGUUACAGCUGUUUUCCUGGCCACUGGCCAAGAUCCAGCACAAAACGUUACAUCCAGUAAUUGUUCGACUGGUAUGGAAUGCUGGGGUGAAAAUAGUGAAGAUUUAUACAUGACCUGCACAAUGCCCUCCCUGGAGGUGGGUACAGUUGGUGGCGGUACUGGUUUACCCGGACAAAGUGCUUGUCUAGAGAUGUUGGGCGUUAGGGGAGCCAAUGUCGCGCAUCCCGGUGAGAAUGCCAAGAAAUUGGCACAAAUUGUAUGUGCCACCGUAAUGGCAGGGGAAUUAAGUCUUAUGGCCGCGUUGGUCAAUAGCGAUCUAGUCAAGAGUCACAUGAGGCAUAAUAGAUCCUCAAUAGCUGUAAGCACAAAACUGAAUACUAACAAUGCAAAUAAUCCAUUAAAUGUGACAGUUUCCAGUUGCAGUAAAAUAAGCUAAAAUUUAAACGAUUCUCUUGCAAAGAAUUACUAUUUUAAUAUAAUGAUAAAUAUAAUUUCAAAAUGCUAUUUACUACCUCUUGAUUUUUUAUAUUUUAUAAAUUAAACAAACUACAAAAAAAUAAUAAUAAA